UUAUAGCUGGCGCUGUUUAGAAGGAAAUUCAGAUAAUUUCAGUGCGAAGUCGCGGCUGAAACAGCCAGUGAAUUUACUAAAUUAAGCUCGAUACGAUGAUGGAAUGAAUGAGCAACAUGCCCCUCUUUAAGAGGAAAUCAGAAAAAAGAGGCCAGCAGCCGACAGUACGGCAGGCAUCGCAGCAUGGAUCUCCAUCGGGGAAAGCAAGCCAUCCACACCAGAGAACACAGAACCAACAGCAUGUGCAACAACUAAAGACCAGUCCUCAACAUGCUGGACAAAGUUCGCUAAACUACAACCAGUCGGGUCACCCUGGUGCUAGACCUGGUGCUCCUGAUGGAGAUUCCAGAAAAGUGGAGAAGAUUGAUGAUGGCACUGCUGCCCUGGCUGCUAGCAGGAGACUUAGAGGUGGUCGGAUUGCAGAAGGUGCACAGGUCAUGAGUGAUGACAGUGAUGCCUUGGGAGACUUAGGCACAGGACUUGGAAAGAUCGAGACAUCUGACCAGCCCAUCAAUCGAUCAAGAUUAUGUAAAAGUAUGAAUGAAGUCCUCCAUGACAAUGGAGCUCUGCCCUACUUCAUCCAGUACAUGGCAUCAAGCAACUCCAAACAACUUGUCCAGUUUUGGUUAGCGGCAGAGAGUUUUAGUAAUGCUUCAUGGUCCAAAAUGAGAACAGACUCAAUGACUAAGGGGGAUUCCCCUGUGAUGGGAAACCAUGUAACAACGACAAUACCAGAGGAACGAAGAGAGAAUGUGGAGCAAACUGAAAGCCAAGAAACAAACUCAUCUGUGACAAACAAUAAAGACACCAUAUGCAGUUCGAGUGACACUGUGGAAAAUGAUUCUGUAAACACCACAAAUAACAAUGUUGACUUGCCAAGUUUGGACGAGAGUGAUUCAUCAAAGAAAGACACACAAUCUGUACCUGUAGUUGUAGUGAACCCUCCUGUAUCCAUGCCCAAGAAGAAUGAAUCGCCAAGUAUAUCACCUCAAAAGACUCAUACAAGAGCGAUGUCUGAUUCGGCGGUAGGUGUUGGUAAGAUGUUUGGCAGUGGGGCUACUUUUCAGCCUGGUCAUCGGAGAAAUAACUCCUGGAAAGAGGUCGACCCAAGAACUGCGGUGGAAAGAGAUGCCAUCAAUAUAUUCACCAGAUACAUCUGUAAGGAUGCCACAUCACCCAUUGGUGUACCAGAGGAUAUUAGAUUAGAUAUUAUAGCCAAGAUUUGUCCCAAAGAUGGCCAGUUCGAUCCAGAUAGUUUCAAAGCGGCUCAGAACUAUGCAUUCAGUGUUAUGGAGAAGCAAUAUUUCCAGUCAUUCCUGAUGAGUGAAUUCCAUUGUAAAUAUCAGAUAGAUGUACUUACUAGUGGGCGUGUCUACCUAGCUGACAUACUCUACAACGAUGUAGCCACUUUUUACUUCAUGGAGUACCUGGAACAGGAAAAUGCCGUCCAUCUGCUUCAGUUCUGGUUGGCUGGGGAGAAUUUUCAACAGCAUUUAUUAUCUCAACAAGGGCAGUAUGAUCCUAUGGAGGCUCAGAACGAUGCUAUGGUGCUAUAUGAAAAGUACUUUUCAUUACAAGCUACCAGCCCCUUAGGUUUUGAUGAUAAGAUCCGCUUUGAGGUGGAGAGUAAUAUAUGUCGGGAAGGGGGACCACUAGCAACCUGCUUCUCUACGCCAAUGAGACAAACAUAUACUACAUUAGAAACAAUGCAUUUUCCUGGGUUUCUUCGUAGUGAGCUCUAUUACAAGUUCCUCAAUGAGCUCAUCAGCAAUAUCAAGAGUGAGCAUGGGACCAUGGCUGCUGCAGGGUCUGUUGCCACGGCCCUGGAAGAUGAUCAGUCCUCUGUAUCCUCUGAGCCUGCCACCAGAGGGAUGCGUAAUACCCUGCUAGCUGAGGGCAAUGUGGUCAAGCUCUUUGAUGGGGACCUCAACAUUGACCAGAUGAAGUUUGAUCCAGACACUCUCUGGCAGAGGCCAAGUGCAGGAAACACUGGUAUGAUGUUUGGUAAGGUGAAUCAUCUUGGUCAGUUUGUACCAGAAUAUGAACCAGAUCCUGAAUCACUUCAGAAGAGAACAUCGUCCAAUAAGUUCUCUCUCAAAAAACUGGUCACCAAAGAGGAGGACAAGAGUAAAGAAGAGAUGGCUUUGAAGAUAGCCCAGAUGAUCAUCAAUGAUGUCAACAAACAAACCCAGGGAUUAGCAGGGGAUGAUAUACCAUCCCCUACAGCAGCUAAACCACCACAGGGAUUAUAGCACAGGAUACAUACAUCGGUUCAUCAUAUAAGAUGAUUAACUCUUUAACAUGUCACCAAUUAGCAGUGCACCAAAUAAAAAACACAUAAAUCGUAUAGAGCUGCAAAUCAUACGGCAUGUUAAGAGUUGAUGGCUGGUCCCGGGUGCAAAAACAAAAAACAAAACAUGAAAGUAAAAUCACCCUUGCUAAGAUUGGCAUUUGCUUUAUGGGAUAUGAAUGUAGAAAUGGCUCUGGGGGUGUUGCAUGAAAGUUUCCAGCACUAACUAAAUUGACUAUUUCAGUGAAAACCUUGCUUUUGAUUGGCUGAGAAGCUUUGGCCUCUGACUGUUACUAUGGUAACUGUCAGAGAAAGACAUCUUGUCAGUGCUGAAAACUUUCCUAUGAUGGUCCCCUGAUGUGAAUACUAGUGCUGAAGUCAUCAGUUUGCUAUUUGGGUUACUCUUGUUUGGUCCUUAUUUGCCCCUACAUGAAAUUAUCUCAUACCAUUUAGUAGUAAAAAAAAUACACUUUGAUUAUAUGGUUUAAUUGACAUUGUAUUCAUUCAGGAAUGCACAACAUAUUGUAUUAGAAAUGGUAUCAAAAUUAUUGCUGAAGUCAGCAAAAUUUUCUGUUUUUGUUAAUUUUUCUUGUUUUAUUUCUUGCUUUCAAGAUUAUAAUUCCUGCAGAAGUGUCACUGAAAAUAGCCUAAUCCUCUAUGCGUUGAAAUAAAUGGAAGGCACGUUUCUUUAAAGUGUCAUCAGUUUAUGGACGUCCUUGUGUGAGCUAAUAUACAUACAUGUAAGAAGCAUUUCUUUGAGUUGCCAAGAACACAAGAUUUGUGAAGGUUAAAAAACUGGCUUCCUCAAUACUGGUUGACUUGAACUGUCUCACGUAAACCCCUAGAAUUAUUUUCAUCAGAAGUUUUAGUUGGGGCAUUAUCAUUGUUUUAUUGGGACCAGCCAUGGUGGGUUUGAGGGUGUGUGUGUGUGUGUUUGUAAGAUAUGAAAAGUUUGUGUGCAUCUCUGAUCUGGGACUCUGAUUCUCUUGCCAAAAUUGAUAGAUUUUGUAAUUAUAGAUGGUUGUUUAUCAAAUUAUUUUGUAUGAAGCAUAACAGCUCUUAGUGGUAGAUCAAUAUUGAAGUGGCCAGUGUGAUGAAAGGGACAAAUUCGAUUCUGUGUAUUCAUUCUUUAUUUCUCAAGAUGACAAAAAUUCUUUGCAUAGGAAUAGCAAUUUGAGUGUAAAAAUGGAGGUAUUCUCUCGUUUUAAAUUACCACUAGAUUUUUUUUCUUUGGUUGCAAAGUAGUAAUUUGAUUUGAAAAUAGGAGGCAGGAGAGAGGACUACCUCCAAAGUUACCUGUAGAUAGUGCACUUUGAUAUGAGUACAUGAGACAACACAUAAUCUGACGUUAAUUAUCUGCCAGAUCUGGCCAGAUUCUCCUCAAAGUUCUUUUUUUUUAGAACAUUCUGAGUGCAAUCCUUUUCAGGGGUUAUUUUGACAAUGAUUCACUUCCUAAUUUAUGAAGAUAAAGAAAGUACACAAAUUGUUUAAACUUUCACGAGACUAAAGCUUUUCAAGUCAAUUCAAUUCAAUUUUCUUAAUCUAACAAAAAAUAUGUGAUGUACUGAAAAUGCUGUUUGUAAUCCCCAAUGUUCUACUGUUUCAUAUCCAUAUUAUUGUGUCAGAUGUGAUCAAGUCAACGAAAGCAAUAUUUAUUAUGUUUUACAGGUGGUUGUGUGUACUGUUGUGUGACGUACAGUCUUCAGAAGGUAUUUCAUACAGAUUGUCAAGUGUUACAAGUAUUAUUGUUGCAAUGUUAAUUGACGAGUUGAUAAGUCAAUAUUGAGCUUUACUUGCAAAUACAAGUAAAUACUUUUUCUAUUGCUUAGUAGCAAUUGAAGAUCAGAUGAGUUGAUGGGUUUGUAAUAUUUAUUUAAUCACAAUUAAGAUAUUGCAAUGAGAUAUUUUUGUUGCCUAUGAGACAUAUAAAUGAUACUAGAAUGUUGAAUUCAACUCCUCGUGGUAGAUCUAUGUUUCAAAGGUGGGAGUUGGAUCGUUAACCUUUCUUCAUUCUCGCUUUGAAUUGGAUCUAGUGGAAGGAGUUGGACAGUGGUCAAGUUGUAUUCACACGUGCCCAUAUGUCCUUGGAAUCUGGGUUAAAGUUAACGAAGUCAGUAAAUCCACCAACAAAUAUCAGACAUUCAUCACAAUUCUUUUUUAAUGUUCUAGAAUUGUGUUAAUUGUUGAAAAUUACAUACCUCUUUCUUACACGCUCCAUGUAAUUUGCGAUGAAAUAUUUGCAAAGCUACAAUCGAUAGGUAUUUGAGGGACCCGUUAGUAGGGUGUUCAUACCCUUGAUAAGCUGUGUUAAGUCAACUUUGGUAACGAUAUAUUGACUAAAGGGUUGUGGUGAUGCUGGAAAGGGAGGGGUAAUAUUGUACCUUUCCUGAAGUAAACCUCCUAAUUUGUUAAUGUGUGUGCUCUUCCUUUCCAUUUCUGUCAAUCACGUGAUAGCAUGUGGAACUGUUUUAUGUUACAUUCAUUCCAUUGCAAACUUUGAAAUAUAGAUGUCAUGCUUAAUAUAGUUGUCAAAUAUAGUUUUUAUACAUUAUUCCACAUUGUUACACAUUUCAUAUCAUUGUCUUUUAAUUCAAUGAUUUUGAUUAUCUAAAAAAAAUAAGAUUAUGACAUGCUGUUUUCUUGUGGAUUUCGUGGAUAUGGUGAAUAUUAUUUUUAAAACAUUUUUAAAGAAUUAUGUAAAAACAAUGAAACAAAUGAAAGUGAGAAAAGCAACAUAUGUAUAUUACCAAAGAACAGUUGUUCUAUCAGAUUACCAAUAUUUAGGGUAGUGAUUUUUUUCAAUGAAUAGUUUAUAUACUCACUAUGCUGCAUCUCUGCGGGUAGUUUUGUUUCUUGUAAAAUAUUACAAAUGUUACGUUACAUGAAUCUUUGUAAAUCAUUAUUUUUUUGUAGAAAGUGCUACCCUUCACAAAAUAUGUAGAUUUUAUUCUUGUAAUGAGCCUAGAGGUGCAACUUUUUACAUGUAUGGUUGUUUUCCAAUGAUAAAAUCAUUUGUUUUAUGCCUGACAUUUGUUUUCUUAAAAUUUAACAAAUCCGAGUUUCUCUGUGUGAAUGCAGUUCAUGUUAACAGGGAGGUGUAUUUUAUCAUGAAUAAUUAUAACAACAAAAUAGUAAUGAGUCAUUAUAAUCAUAUUUGUUGUUACCAUGUGCAUGGAUGCAUAUGUGGAGGAGAUUUGUCAGUCAAUUUAUUUUAAUUUUUCGUAAUGUUAACAGCUUUAACAAUUCCUUGACCAUGAAGUCUGCUGUUAUUACAUUCAUUUCAGUAUACUUUAUAACCCAGGUGCCAGGGUUUUUAAUAUCAAUACAUUUCUCUAGUUCUUGAAAGGUUAUCUUAAUUGCCAUUUUGGGAGCGUAUAGAAUUAAAAAGGUUUAUUUUCUUAUGAAAAAUGAAUUGUUUGCGGCAAAAUGUUUACAAGACCUUGUCGGCCUUAUACACCAACUCGUAGCCUGAUAUCACCUAUAUAUAAUAUAGGUGAUAUAAUAUAUCAUUAGGAAAAAAAGAAGUGGCAGGAUUUAGAUUUCAAGACCCCCCCCCAAAAAAAAAAAAUGGGAGGGAGUGUCAUCAUUGUGUAAGAGUCAGUCUCCCUUUGUAAGAGGGGAAAAUGGUGACUGAAAUAGAUGAUCAUCAUCAAUAGAGACUUAAAUCUUAACAGAAGUCUCUUUAUAGUUCUUGGCACUCUAAUACUUAACUCUCUUUCAAAAAUAUUUUCUAUGUUUCUUGUGCACCCUAGAAGGGAUGGCAUGAUAUAAAUGCAUAAAUCAUUAUUAAAAUUAAUAGUUAAUGAUUGAUAUUAAUUAUUAUAGUUUACAAUCUUAUAUUUUCAAAUAUUAUUGAGUUAAUUGAAAACAUGCAUUGACAGAUUUGAGACUGCAAUUUCAAAAUUCGUAACAUGGUACAAGUUAAUUUAAAGGAUAAGUCUUUAUCUUAAAAAGUUCACAAGUGAAAUAAGACUCACUGCAUGUUUUAUGCGGAAUGAACAGUUCAUUGUGUGUAAAGAAGAAAAAAAACAAGAUGUAGUUCAACUUACAUGCCAUGUUGAAUAUAUCACAGCUAGUACACAUUAAAAGGGAAAGACGGACCUGGCAGAGUUCUGACCGUUGCAUUUAUGAGAGAAUAUUUUACCUAAUGAGCUUGCUUGACUUGAUUUUCCCUCUAUCAUUCGACUUGAAACAACCUAAAAUUUGUUUUCCUUAAGAUUUGUAAUCUUAUUCAGUUUUCAUGGCAUAGAAUGUUAGCCUAUUUCGAUGUAAUUUUGAAUGAUUGGAAUGUGGAAUUCUGCGGCUUGGUUCAAGCUUGUUAUACGAUAUUGAAUAUGAAAUGUCCAAUGUGUAUAUCCAUGCCCAUAUUUGUCCAUAAUUUAUGAAUGGAGAUGUUUUAUAUAUGUGAAAAUCUUAUGAGGUCCAUAAUGUUUUUGUAUUUGAUGUUGAAUUAUCUUAGCAUGAUAUUGCCAAUCACUCAUAUUACAGGUCAAAAGAAAUAUAUGUACUGUAAAUGUAAGGUAUAUUAUCAGAAAAUCCCAGAAAUAUAACAUUUUUGAGUAUAUGUUA